GGCCGGCAGCGCGCAGGCGCGGUGUCAGUGAAGAUGGCGGCGGAGGUGCGGAGCCGGCGUGUGGGCCCAGCGCAGGCAAGCGGCGGCCCGCGGGACCAUCAUCCCCUCAGCCAGGCCACGGAGAGCGGCCGGCAGAAGCAGGAAAGCGCCGUGCAGGUGCAACCGGGCACCUUCUGGCUGACCAGGAUAGUUUUGCUGCGCUCCAUAGCAUUUAUUUACUUUGUGGCCUUCUCUGUAGCCUACCAGCAAAACAAACAGUUGCUUGGAGAGAAGGGACUGCUACCAGGAAAACUGUAUUUACAGAAGAUUCAACAAUAUACUGGAGGCAGAAUUGGUAUAAAGGCUAUCAGCUAUGCACCAACAAUUCUCUGGUUCCUGGAUUGGUCUGACAUGGAUGUACACCUUGAUACCAUUGCCCUGUUGGGAAUGGGACUGUCGGUAUUUAUACUAAUCGCAGGAUGUGCCAACAUGAUAAUCAUGUUUGUUUUGUGGAUUCUCUAUCAUUCGCUGGUGAACAUUGGCCAGAUCUGGUACUCCUUUGGCUGGGAGUCUCAACUUCUGGAAACUGGGUUCCUUAGUAUUUUCCUGUGUCCUGUGCUGACUCUCCGCACCAUUCCACAUCACACACCAUCAUCCAAAAUUGUCAUAUGGUCUUUUCGUUGGCUCAUUUUCCGCAUCAUGCUGGGGGCGGGACUGAUUAAAAUUCGUGGAGAUCGGUGUUGGAAGGACCUGACCUGUAUGAACUACCAUUAUGAGACUCAACCUGUGCCUAAUCCUAUUGCAUAUUAUAUGCAUCGAUCCCCAUUGUGGUUCCACAGCUUUGAAGUCCUUACUAAUCAUUUCAUUGAGCUUAUCGUGCCCUUUUUCCUAUUUCUCGGACGCAGGAUGUGUGUAAUCCAUGGAAUCCUGCAGAUCCUUUUUCAGGUCUUACUCAUCAUAAGUGGGAAUCUCAGCUUCUUGAACUGGUUGACUAUUGUUCCAAGUAUUGCCUGCUUUGACGACUCCAAUCUGGCCUUUUUCUUCAGCUCACGACAAGGGGGGGUCAAAGAUCAAGUAUCUAAGAUUCAAGCUAAGGAGGCAGCGGGUCAUAAACCACCUACUCAUUAUGGUGUCGUCAUUCGACAAGUGCUGAAUGCAUCCUUUGGGGUUCUUAUUGCUUACCUCAGUCUACCAGUGAUUAUAAACCUGCUCAGCUCAAAACAAAUGAUGAACACAUCCUUUAAUCCACUUCGAAUUGUCAACACUUACGGUGCCUUUGGAAGUAUUACAAAGGAACGGACUGAGGUCAUAAUUCAAGGAACAAUGAGUCAGGAUCCGAAUGACCCAAGUGCCUUGUGGGAGGAAUAUGAGUUCAAAUGUAAACCUGGUGAUUUGAAGCGGAGACCAUGUAUUAUUACUCCAUACCAUUAUCGUCUUGAUUGGCUUAUGUGGUUUGCAGCAUUCCAGACCUAUGAACAAAAUGAAUGGUUAAUCCACUUGGCAGGAAGACUGCUGAUGAAUGAUAGCCUUGUAUUGUCACUAAUAGCACACAACCCAUUUCAGAAUCAAGGAGCACCACGGUGGGUAAGGGGUGAACACUAUCGCUACAAAUUCAGCCAGCCCAAUGGCAACCAUGCAGCAGAUGGGAAGUGGUGGAUUCGGAAACGGAUUGGCCCGUAUUUCCCACCUGUCAAUUUGAAAGGUUUGAAGAAUUACUUUAAGGAACGAGACUGGCCAAUUCAGUGAGACCUAUCAAAGUGGGACGUUUCCUCUGGGAGAACUACCAGCUUCCAGCAAAGAUCACCUUAAUGGUACCUCAGGACUGCAAACAUUUCACCUCAUACUGUGAAGCACAUAAUGUACACUUCACAGAAUCAACAUGAUUGAUAAUUAUCAAAAAUGUAAUUAAUUUGAUUUUAAACCUUAUGGAAUAAACAUCAUAUUUUCAUGUCGGACUCUAUUUCAACAGUUGAUGUUAUCUUGAAUGAAUUUCUGGCCAAUUUUCAGUUCUCAUUGUGUCUAAAUUUUCCAUGUUUUUGCAGAUUUUGUUUUGUGAUUUUUAUCUGGGUAUCUGUGUAUUUCAGUCCAUUAUUUGGUUUCAUAAUGUGCAGCUCUUGCCUCAGUGAUUAGUUAUGAAGCAAGAUGAGGAAAUUAUUGAUGACAGUAGUAGUGGAAAAAUGAUUAAUGUACUGAAAGAUUGUUACAUUGUCCCACUGUUGGGGUUGAAGAGGGUUAUAACUUCACCAUUCUCCAAUCAGUUAGAAUUAAGGGAACACAGGGCUUUUGAGUCACAGGAACCUCAGUCCACCCAUUCUCAGAUUCUUGAUUUAACCUGAUUUUCCCUCAUUCAUUCACACAAUGUGGGCAUCACUGACUGGGUCAUCAUUUACCUUCUAUUCUUAUUUGUCCUAUGGAAGUUAGUACUAAGCUGCCUUCUUAAGCUACUUCAGUCUGUGUCUUCCCAUUUGGCCUGCAUCUCUGUUCAGGUUCAGGUUCAGCCUACUGAUCUGUCCUUUUCCUGGGUGAACCUGCUUGUCUGUGGUAUUCCCCGCUUGACCUUUAGAUUAGGUGAGAUUGGUAUUCCCCAUUUUCCAUCUUGGUUUCCUUUCUGACCCAAGUCUCAAGUUUGCCUCUUCCCAAGCCCACCAAACAGUGUGAGAAAGUGAGGGCUGCAGAUGCUGGAGAUCAGAGCUGAAAAUGUGUUGCUGGAAAAGCGCAGCA